AUGCCCGCUUACGAGAGUCUGGGGCUCAGCGAGGAAGGGGAGAGGCCAGCUAGGCGCUUCUCUGCCUGGCUUGACAAGGGCUCCAGCACCCAAGGCAGUGUGGGGCAAGGUUACCCGCAUGACCCCCCAAAAGUCAAAUGUGAAACUAUGGUAUAUCACCCAAACAUAGAUUUAGAAGGCAAUGUUUGCCUAAAUAUCCUCAGAGAGGACUGGAAGCCUGUACUAACAAUAAACUCUAUAAUUUAUGGCCUGCAGUAUCUCUUCUUGGAGCCAAACCCUGAAGACCCCUUGAAUACAGAGGCUGCUGAAGUCCUCCAGAACAACAGACGCCUGUUUGAGCAGAACGUCCAGCGCUCGAUGCGGGGCGGCUACAUUGGUUCCAUCUACUUUGAGCGCUGCCUCAAAUAGAACUGACCAGCUCCAGGCACAAAUUUGCUUCCCCUCCCCUCAUCUCCCUUCUAGUUCUUCCAAGGGACUCUGCCAACACUGCUUUCAUCAGUCAUCAAGGGGGCACAGGAGUCAGGAAUUGGCAGAGGCCCCCUU